AUGAAAAGCUAGAAAAAUUGCUGGAUAAAUUUGAAGAAUUAAAAUAAUAAAACAAUUUUAAUUAGAAUGUAAAUUAGAAUUUUUUAAAUAAAAGGGGAACCCAGAGAAAAAAAAUGUCAAAUAAUAAAAAGGGAAAUAUUAUAGGGAGUUUUAAUUAAAAAUAAGGAGAUUAGAUUUCAUCUAAGUAUGAUCUUCGUUAUAAAAAAGAUUAUAUUGUUGAAUAUAAACACCUAAAAUAGAUUAUUUGUUCUUGGAGGGUGAAAAAGAAAAAUUAAACUCCAUAACACCUAAUAAUGUGGGUGAGAAUAUUUCAAUUAAAGAAAUGAAAUUAGAUGAAGAUAAAGAAAAAUUAAAACAAUAAGAAGAAAUUAGUGUGUGU